AGUUUUCUCGUUUCCGAACCAUCUCAAAAGGUCGAAGCCGGGUGUAUAAUUGGCUUUAUAGGUAUAGCUACCAUGGCAUACGCCCCGAUUCGAGUGACCCCCAUGGCAUCUGAUGUUUCCACGGGUUUUGAACGAGGCGGCAUCUUCUUGGUAUCUGAUGAGAAUGCCCUCUCCAAAGAUAUUGAGCAUCUGCACCAACCUGAUGCUUGUAGAACUGAUAUCAGACCUCUUUUACAUCUUAUAGAGGAAACGAUCCUUCACAUGGAUGCUUCCGAUGUGAACUUACAGGAUGGGGCUGUCAGAGAAGGUAUUGAAGAAUGUAAUGCUUUUCCGAACACAAUUAACAGGAUAUCCAAAGAGAUGGAAAGACAAGUACUGAGUGGCACCAGUGAACACAAUGUAACCCUCUCAGUUUUGGGUUUGUUGCAACACUUUUCUUGGGAUGUCAAGGUGGUGAUCACAUUAACAGCAGCUAUAUAUACGUUCGCAACCUACUGGCUCCGAAAUUUUUCAAAAUCUCUUGCAUAUUUUCUAAGGAUGUAUGAAGGCCAGUUUGAAGCCACUAAAAAAUUAAUAAAGGCCAUACUUGAUACAACCAAGUGUGUUGUUGAGUUUGAAGAGUUAAGCGGAAUGUAUUUCACUGAUGAACAUCCUGAACUCAAGGCUGCAAGGAGUCGUAUUCCUAUAGCUGUUUACAUGAUAAUCAAAAGUGCGGUGAUUGCUGCAGCCCAAAUUACAACCAUGUCUAGCCAGAAAGAUGGGUAA